UUAUAUAAAGGCACAGGGGGAGCCCAGGAGUUCACAGCGCUGACAGUUCAGGGCUCGAAGCGCCAGGCGCCCCAGGCAUCAUGGGUUUGUCCCUACAACCCCGGAGUUUAAUUCUGUACCUCUCCAGCCUUCUCCUGUUCUCUCCAGCAUGCCUGGCAUAUGUGGCUACCAGAGACAACUGCUGCAUCUUAGAUGAAAGAUUUGGUAGUUAUUGUCCAACUACCUGUGGCAUCGCAGAUUUCCUAUCUACUUACCAAAGCAAUGUAGACAAGGACCUGCAGAGUUUGGAAGACAUCUUAAAUCAAGUUGAAAACAAAACAACAGAAGCCAAAGAACUCAUCAAAGCCAUCCAGAUCAGCUAUAAUCCAGAUCAGCCAAAAAAGCCAAAUAUGAUAGAGACUGCCACCCAGAAUUCCAAGAAGAUGGUAGAAGAGAUUAUGAAAUACGAAGCAUCCAUUCUAACACAUGACGCUAGUAUUCGAUUUUUGCAGGAAAUAUAUAAUUCAAAUAAUCAGAAGAUCCUUAACCUGAAACAGAAAGUAGCCCAGCUUGAAGCCAAGUGCCAGGAGCCUUGCAAAGACACAGUACAAAUCUAUGAUACAACUGGGAAAGAUUGUCAAGACAUUGCCAAUAAGGGAGCCAAAGAGAGUGGCCUUUACUUCAUCAAGCCUCUGAAAGCAAAGCAGCAGUUCUUGGUCUACUGUGAAAUUGAUGGCUCUGGAAAUGGAUGGACUGUGCUACAGAAGAGACUGGACGGCAGUGUGGAUUUCAAGAAGAACUGGAUUCAGUAUAAAGAAGGAUUUGGCCAUCUCUCUCCUACUGGCACCACUGAGUUUUGGCUGGGAAAUGAGAAGAUUCACUUGAUAAGCACACAGUCUCAAAUCCCGUAUGCACUCAGAGUGCAAUUGGAAGACUGGAAUGGCAGAACCAGUACUGCAGAUUAUGCCAUGUUCAAGGUGGGACCUGAAACUGACAAAUACCGCCUGACCUAUGCCUACUUCAUUGGUGGAGAUGCUGGGGAUGCCUUCGAUGGCUUUGAUUUUGGUGAUGAUCCUAGUGACAAGUUUUUCACAUCCCACAAUGGUAUGCAGUUCAGCACCUGGGACAAUGACAAUGAUAAAUUCGAAGGCAACUGUGCUGAACAGGAUGGAUCUGGUUGGUGGAUGAACAAGUGUCAUGCUGGCCACCUCAAUGGAAUUUAUUACCAAGGUGGCACUUACUCAAAAGCAUCUACCCCUAAUGGUUAUGAUAAUGGAAUUAUUUGGGCCACUUGGAAAAGCCGCUGGUAUUCCAUGAAGAAAACCACCAUGAAGAUAAUCCCAUUCAACAGACUCUCCAUUACAGAUGGACAGCAACAUCACCUGGGGGGUGCCAAACAGGUCAGGCCAGAACAUGAUGUUGAAAUAGAAGAUGAAUAAAUCAUUUUUCUCAGAGAUGGUAGAGUGAUAACUGUUAAUUUCUAUGGACUCACACAAUGUUUCAGACAUUUUCUGAAAGUCUUUUCCUAUCUUCCUUUACUGUAUUUUUUAAUUUUAAUUAUUCUUAAAAGGAUAUUUGGGCUUCAAUGAAAAAAUAAAAAUUCACAUCAGACUGUAUUCCCAAAUUACUGAAAUCAGAGUUAUUUUAAAAAUUGCUUAUUUGAGGAGAUAACAUUUGGACUUAUUUCCUAAAUAUAUAAAAAUAAAACUAUGGCUUUUUUUUUGCCUUGUUAUGA